UGCGGGACCAAUCAUGAAACAGAGCCGCAGGCGAAGUUGAAUCGGAAAAACCUCGUCUUCUCCUUUAUUCCCAUUUUCCCCAAAAAAUCGACGGCUAGUCUCCUAAAAGCUCUUGGAUUCUCAACGAUUUCCCUCAAUUUUUGCCGAUCUCUUCUGCUUCUGAUACUUGUUUUUAUUCCUGUUUGAGGUUGGGUUUCUUUUGUUCCUCCGUCGUUAUCUUCCCUUUGAUUUUUUUUUUCGAUUGGUAUCAGGGUAUACACUUUUUUCUGGAAGUGGGUUUACAAAUUUUGCGUGUUUCGAGUUUGUUGCGUUCUGAUUGAUCUCAAAAGGGUAUCGUGCUUUCGGUCGUGCGGAUUUGUUCGUCGAUUCGGAUUCCGCGUGCUGGGUAUCUGGUUUUAGAGACUUUUCUUUUGUCGGAAUUCUUGAUAAAUCUUUCGAAUUGAGAAAGCCGUAGAAUCCGAGAUUUAGCUAUGGGAACGUGUUGAUCAACGGGUGGUCGGCUUUGUUUGUCGGAGUGCAUCCCUGCGUCUGUGGAUGAAUAUUGUCGUGGUAAAGGAGGAGAAUUUGCUUCAGAACUUGCCGGACUCGUUUCUGGGCCUUCUCAGGUUGUCCGGUUUGUCUUUCAAUAAAAGAUCUUCCUUUGUCGUAAUCCUUAGGUAUAGACGGGAUAAGGUGUUCUUUCAGCUUCAGAGUGGAUAACUGAAAAAGAGAAAAAGAAGACAACAAAAUCAAGAAUUUGCAAAGUUUUUAGGGUAUUCGAAACUGGGUUGAGAUGGGUUCAUCGCAAGGCUCGACAUUGUCGGCUGAUGUGACGAGCCUUGUGGAUACAUUGCCUGUUUUCGCCAAAACACUUAUCGCCGGAGGAGCUGCCGGAGCUUUGGCCAAGACUGUCGUUGCACCCUUAGAAAGGAUCAAGAUCCUAUUGCAGACUAGAACUGAAGACUUUCGAACCUUGGGGGUUUAUCGAUCUUUAAACAAGGUGUUAAAAUGUGAAGGACCUCUCGGAUUCUAUAAAGGAAAUGGGGCAAGUGUAAUUCGGAUUAUUCCAUAUGCUGCCCUUCAUUACAUGACCUAUGAACAGUAUCGUGACUGGAUUUUGGAGAAAAACCUUCCCUUGGGUUCUGGUCCCGUUGUUGAUCUCGUGGCUGGUUCAGCCGCAGGCGGGACAGCAGUGUUAUCCACAUAUCCCCUGGAUUUAGCCCGUACUAAACUAGCUUACCAGGUUUCUGAUACAAGACGAGCUCUCAGGCAUGGCGUGGAGAGCAUUUAUCGUCAACCUGCCUAUUCAGGAAUAAAGGAGGUGCUUGCAGUUGCAUAUAGAGAAGGAGGGUUACGGGGACUGUAUCGAGGCAUAGGGCCGACGCUGAUAGGCAUCCUUCCAUAUGCUGGUCUGAAGUUCUACAUAUACGAGGAGCUCAAGAGGCGUGUUCCGGAAGAGCAUCAGAACUCUGUCCAGAUGCAUCUGUCUUGUGGAGCUAUGGCUGGCUUGUUUGGUCAGACCUUCACUUACCCUUUGGAUGUCGUCAGGAGACAGAUGCAGGUAGAGAAUCUGCAGCCGAUGGCAGGAGGAGGAGGCAAUAAGAGGUACAAAAACACAUUCGAUGGCCUCAGCACGAUUGUGCGGACUCAGGGCUGGCGGCAACUGUUUGCCGGUUUAAGCAUCAACUACAUCAAGAUCGUGCCGUCGGUGGCGAUAGGUUUCACGGUGUACGAGUCAAUGAAGUCGUGGCUGAGGAUCCCUCCCCGCGACAGACCGAAGCCGGCUUCUCAAGUGUCUUGAAAUUCCAAAGACUGCUGUUUCACAUUCUCCACCAAUGGUUUUUCUUUUAAAACUUGAAACCUUUAUACCCUUAUUACCAUUAUUAUUAAUGUCAUAUAGAAUUCAUAAAUUCGUAUUUGGGCUAAAGAGAAAGAUUCGUCGUUUUAUACAUACGUUCUUCGUUCACAUAUUUAUACCGACGCCA